CACGGCCCCGCGCGGCCGCGCAUGCGAGCUGCUGUUUUGCCGCCAUCUUGGCUGGACGGAGCUGCCUGCCGCCGCCACUAAACAAACCUGAAGCCACCCGGGCUCUGCCGCUGAGGAGCCUUUAGAUGUUCCCGGAACGGCCGGGCAGGGAGGUUGAGCUCUGUAGGAGCACAAACACAGGGAAAGAAUGCCUGUUGUGUGGCCAACCCUUCUGGAUCUUAGCAGGGAUGAAUGCAAGAGGAUUCUUCGCAAACUGGAACUGGAGGCAUAUGCUGGAGUUAUCAGUGCCUUGCGUGCACAGGGGGACCUUACCAAGGAAAAGAAAGACCUUCUUGGAGAACUCUCCAAAGUGCUUAGCAUUUCCACUGAGCGCCAUCGUGCUGAAGUUCGGAGAGCCGUAAAUGAUGAACGGCUAACAACUAUUGCGCAUAAUAUGUCUGGACCGAACAGCUCUUCAGAAUGGUCUAUAGAAGGUCGUCGACUGGUGCCGCUGAUGCCACGGCUGGUUCCACAAACAGCCUUUACUGUAACAGCUAAUGCUGUUGCCAAUGCAGCUAUUCAGCACAAUGCAUCUCUUCCAGUUCCUGCAGAAACUGGGAACAAAGAAGUGGUGGUUUGCUAUUCCUACACAAGUACCACUUCAACCCCAACAUCUACCCCUGUUCCAAGUGGCAGUGUAGCAACAGUGAAGUCCCCCAGACCUGCCAGUCCAGCCUCCAAUGUAGUCGUCUUGCCAAGUGGAAGUACUGUUUACGUCAAAAGUGUCAGCUGCUCAGAUGAUGAUGAAAAGCCCCGUAAAAGACGACGAACUAACUCUUCUAGUUCCUCUCCUGUUCUUCUGAAAGAAGUGCCGAAAGCAGUCACUCCUGUCACUAAAACUAUCACGGUGCCUGUAAGUGGCAGCCCCAAGAUGAGUAAUAUCAUGCAGAGCAUUGCCAACUCCUUACCGCCACACAUGUCUCCUGUGAAAAUAACAUUCACUAAACCCUCAACACAGACGACAAACACAACAACACAGAAGGUGAUCAUAGUAACCACCUCUCCAAGUUCAACGUUUGUACCCAACAUUCUCUCCAAGUCUCACAACUACGCAGCAGUCACUAAACUUGUUCCAACGUCUGUCAUUGCCUCAACUACUCAGAAGCAGCCAGUGGUUAUAACAGCGUCUCAGUCCUCUUUGGUCAGUAGCAGCGGUAAUGGCAGCACCUGUUCCACUCCCUCUUCCACUCCAAAUACCAUUGCUGUGACUGCUGUGGUGUCAUCGACGCCGUCAGUGGUGAUGUCAACGGUAGCACAAGGUGUGUCCACGUCGGCGAUUAAAGUUGCAUCCACCAGACUACCUUCCCCAAAAAGCUUGGUGGGGACCCCAACCCAGAUUCUAACACAGUUUCCCAAACAGCAUCAGCAGACCCCAAAACAGCAGCUGCAUCAAAUACAACAGACCCAGCAGCAGCUGUCACAGUCUUCUCCAGUAGCACAUCAGCAGCAAUCACAACAGUGUCAGUUGCCACCUGGCAUCAAGCCCACCAUUCAGAUAAAACAAGAAUCAGGUGUUAAAAUAAUCACUCAACAGGUGCAGCCCAGUAAAAUCCUACCCAAACCAGUUACAGCGACUUUGCCCAGCAGUAGCAAUUCACCUAUUAUGGUGGUUAGCAGUAAUGGGACUAUCAUGACAACUAAACUGGUCACUACUCCCACUGGGACACAGGCAACAUAUACUCGUCCAACGGUAAGCCCCUCUAUUGGGGCUCGGAUGGCUGGAACUCCAGGCGCUGCCACUUAUGUGAAAACCACCAGUGGCAGCAUCAUUACGGUAGUGCCGAAAUCGCUGGCUACACUGGGAGGCAAGAUUAUAAGCAGUAAUAUUGUUUCUGGAACUACAACCAAAAUUACUACAAUCCCAAUGACUUCCAAGCCCAAUGUGAUUGUUGUGCAAAAGACUACUGGAAAAGGAACAACUAUUCAAGGACUUCCAGGCAAAAAUGUUGUUACAACAUUGUUAAAUGCCGGGGGGGAGAAAACUAUUCAAGCAGUGCCAGCAGGAGCAAAACCUGCCAUCAUCACUGCAACCAGACCCAUCACAAAAAUGAUUGUCACGCAGCCAAAAGGAAUAGGAUCUACUGUCCAGCCAGCCACCAAAAUCAUCCCAACCAAAAUUGUUUAUGGGCAGCAAGGGAAAACACAGGUUCUCAUAAAACCAAAGCCUGUGACAUUUCAAGCUACGGUUGUGAGUGAGCAGACAAGGCAGUUGGUAACUGAAACAUUGCAGCAGGCAUCCAGGGUGGCAGAGGCAGGAAACUCUUCUCUCCCAGAAGUGAAAGAAGAACCACAGAGCUACACUGAUAGCAGCUCCUCUUCUACAGAGUCCUCCCAGAGCUCCCAGGAUUCCCAGCCUGUCGUUCAUGUGAUAGCAUCUAGAAGUCAGGAUUGGUCAGAACAUGAAAUUGCUGUGGACACCAGCCCCACAAUAAUUUAUCAAGAUGUAUCCAAUGAAUCGCAAUCAGCUACUUCUACAAUAAAAGCACUGCUGGAACUUCAGCAGACAACAGCAGUGAAGGAGAAGUUAGAAUCAAAACCAAGACAACCUACCAUUGACCUGAGCCAAAUGGCAGUUCCUAUUCAGAUGACUCAGGAGAAGAGGCAUUCUCCAGAAAGCCCUUCCAUUGCUGUGGUAGAAUCAGAAUUAGUUGCUGAAUAUAUCACAACUGACUCAGGAAGACAACUCUGUAUUGGUUCACAUUCGGAAGAAUUUCUACACAACCAUAUAGUCAGUCAUCGGUCUCAGCCCCACCAGCAGUCAUCCCAGCCCCAGAGGACUCUGCUGCAGCAUGUGGCUCAGUCGCAGACAGCAACACAGACUUCUGUUGUGGUGAAAUCUAUCCCUGCAUCUUCCACAGGCGCAAUUACCCAUAUCAUGCAGCAGGCUUUAAGCAGCCACACUGCAUUUACCAAACACAGUGAACAACUUGGAACUGAGGAAGGAGAAGUGGAAGAGAUGGAUACCCUAGAUCCUCAGACUGGUCUGUUUUACAGAUCUGCCCUGACGCAGUCACAGGCACAAAAACAGCAGAAACUGAGUCAACCACAGCUGGAACAGACUCAACUGCAAGUGAAAACUCUGCAGUGCUUCCAGACUAAACAAAAGCAGACCAUCCACCUGCAGGCUGAUCAGAUCCAGCACAAACUCCCACAAAUGCCCCAGCUUUCUAUCCGGCAUCAAAAGCUAACCCCACUUCAGCAAGAGCAAGCACAGACCAAACCAGAUGCACAGCACACCCCACACCACAUGAUGGCCAAAGAAAGGCAACUCCCCACCUUAGUGGCACAGCCACAGCAAACUGUAGUACAGGUGCUUGCAGUAAAAACCACGCAGCAGCUGCCCAAACUGCAACAGGCACCAACGGCACAAAAAAUCUACGUGCAACCCCAACCCCCCCAGAGUCAAUUGCAGCUACCUGCCUCUUCAGAGAAACAGCCCGCCAGCCAGGUGCAGCAGCCAAUUAUAACUCAAGGAUCCACUGUUACAAAGAUAACUUUUGAGGGGCGACAGCCUCCUACUGUUUCAAAGGUAGCAGGCGGCAAUUCUGUGCCCAAACUGGCAUCGCCAGUUACAAGCCUAUUUCCCAUGCAGGCAUCUGUGAAGACAGCAGUAGCAGACAUUUUGAAAAUGUCUAUGAUGGAAGCUCAGAUUGACACAAACAUAGAACAUAUGGUAGUGGAUCCCCCAAACAAGGCCAUGUCCACUAGUAAACUCGCUAGUGAAGCAGAAUCAUCACCUUGUAUCCAGGUGCCAAGGGUGACUGCAGUAGGCAUGACGGCAACUUCCAUCUCUCAGCAACUGAAAUGUAAAGAGUCCUGUGCAAGUCCUCCUGCUGCUGAUCCUGCUUUAACAGAGAAGAAAAUGGACGCACAAGGAGUGCCUUCAACAAACCAGUUUAUACACAUUCAGAAUAUAUCCCAAAAGAAAACUGAAGAGAUUUCAUCUGAAAUUAUUAUCCAGACUAUCCCUCAAUACUCCAUCCCUUGUCACUCCAGCUCCAAUGUGGUAGUGGAACCCAGUGGGCUCCUGGAGCUCAAUAACUUUACUAGUCAACGUCUUGAUGAUGAGGAGACAGCAAUGGAACAAGAUGUGGACAGCAGUACUGAGGAAGGCACUGAGCCCAGCCCUUCUCAAAGUUCUGCUGAACAAUCCUAAUGAAUUGGGACACUGGAGUGCACUUUAAAUUCAUCUUGGCAAUUGCGUGUCCAAGAUGUCCUUGUAUUGUGAUGUAUUAGAGCACUUUGCCUAUUAGAGUUGUUCAUUGGACCCUUGAAGCAUCAGUGUGUUUUAACAAGACAGUAUUGCAGAAACCACAUCUUAAAAUUGUUUCCAAAAAGAUGUAGUUACCAAGAUAUGGUAAACCUGUGACAGUGGAAUGUAUGUCUUUAAAAAAAAAGAAAAAAAAAAAAGGCAAAUCUACAGUGAAUUGAAAAGAUUGAGUAGAAGUUCUUGCUAUGAAGCUCUUGACCAGAUACUGAAACUUUUCAGUAAAAAGGGACCUUUUACUUUGCCGUGUCUUUCUUUUUGUAGCUAUUGAGCGAAACACCAUCACAAAGAAUGUUUAGUGGAUAUUUGUAUUUGUAAAUAGCAUGUGAGAUAAAAGGUAUCUGACCGUACUGGAAAAGCCCCAAGAAUUUCUGAAUUGGUUAGUGUUCUUGCACUUGAGCUCAAUUAAUGUUCAUAUUUUUAAUAAGCAUAAAAUAUAGUUUAUUUUUUUAAUUACUUGUUGGUGAAUGUUUGGACAUAAGCAAAAUCACUAACAGGUAACAUGGUUUAGUGGAUUUUGUUUUCAUAUAUUGCAAGAAAUAUGCUAGUUUAAUGUACAAAACAUUUCUUUUUGUGUCACAAGCACAUGAAAUGCCCAUUUAGUCUAAUUAAUUAACCUCUGAUAAUUUAUUUAAAUGCAAUGAUUUAAAACCAGGCCAAGUUGCUUAACUAGUUCCUGUUAAACAGGCAGAUGUUUUCAUUCUAAUGCUGUGGGGUAGCAGAAAUGUAUUAUGGUUUAAAACAAAUGUUUAGAGUUUGGGAAUAUUUGGUUCAUUAUCUCAUAACUUCAGCCUGUUGUAUUCAGAUGCAAGCUGAGGCUUUUAAAGAUCUAUAUUUUACUCUUACAUGCUGUUUUUUAAAUGACCAUUUUGGGGAUUUAAAAGCUUAAAUUGAUUAGUUCUAUGUUUCAGAGGUAAUCCUCAGCCUUAUGACUUGACUUGUUCAAGCAAUAUGUUGGGUUUUUAUGAUAGUUACAAGCCACGGAGAGAGAUUUGGGUGCAGGUGGAAUGACAGGAGAGGCUGUUUUAAUACGUUCUGGUAAUGAAGACAAUACUUUUCUUUUUUUAAAAAAAUGUAUAUAGAAAAGUUUUUUUAACCAUUUUGUAUAGAUUUCAUUAUAAAUAAGCAUUUUAAGACUUUGACAUCUCAUUCAAUUGUACAUACAUCUAUCAGCGUAACUGCCCAUUUUUGGUGCUGAAGUACUACUGUAAGUAUAAUUCAUCCAAAGUAUAAUACAGGUUUUGCGUCAGUCUUUUUUAAGAUGUGAUUUUACUGUUGAUAUUGUAGUUUUUUAAAUUCCAAUAGAAGAAAUGCUCAUCAGACUAAAAUACAAAGCCUAAAAAGAUUAACAUAUUUGUCCUGAACAUCUAUGUACAUAACAACACUGCAGUCUCCUGUAGAUGGUGCUAUUGGUUCUCCUUUUAGCCACUGUUAGCAGUUGCUUCAUUUAUAAAGUCCUUGUGACUUUCAUUUUUGUUCUGUUUUGUCUGUUAAUUAUAAGCCUAAAUGGCAAAUUUUUAUCUUUUAUGAUGGCAAAGAGAAGUGUUCAGUCUGAAUAUUAUGGAAAAGCUGUACAUAGUUGGGUAAGAAUUGGAUUGUCUUCUCUGCAUCACCUACAUGUUACAACAUUGAAUACUGUGACAAGCACUUGUUCCUCCACUUUAUUUUACAUAACAUUAGAAGCACUCAGGUUGGAGAGAAGAGAGAAUAUAUGAAAUGGAAAAUACCUCACGCCUUUUUUUCUAGUUAAAAAUUAAUACAGAAAUAUUGUCAGUCAUUCUAGAUGGUAUUUCGGUUUUAAUAGCUGUGUGUGUUUCUAGAACUGGGGUACUUAAAGUAUGGCCACAGCCACCAAAGGCUGUGACAACAGAGCUUAUCAACUGCAGAUUUUAUUGCUAGUAGAUUCAAGCAAGCUGUCUUUUCUAGUCAUCUGGCAUUGAAGGGGUUAGUAUGAGCCUGUUCUAUAUAUUUACUGUUCAUAAAAUGGAUGUAAAAUUCUGUGCAGAUGAGAUGAAUCACUGUGGCUUGUGCCAAGCUGUUGUCACUCGUGGUCUUACAGUAUAUUGGAUGUCCCUGUCAUAGGCCGAACUAAAGGGAGGAAAGAAGAAAGCCCCUGUCAGUAUUUCUAUUGCCUCACUACAAAAAGUUUACAACUUUGCCAUAAAGUAUGGCUCCACGCUUAAAUUCAUUGUCUCUAUGUAACUUUAGAUGGCUGCUCUCCUUUCUACAAACAGAUUUUAAAAAAUCAAAUGAAGUGUUAAAUUUAUCAGCACUCAUAGCAUAUUACACAAUUGAAGUUCUGGCCCAAUUGUGGUUUCUUGACAGAAAAGUUUAUAUUGUGGUGGUCUUGUUUUAAGAUAGCUGCAAAGAAGUUUUUAGAGAAGCCCAUGAAACAGGGUUAUAUCUAUAGUGAAAUUAUAUUUUGCACUUAGAGUGUCAUUUCCUUUCAUUGAGCCUUUACAAACAUGAAGACUCUCAACACCUCUGUUAUGAGAGGUAGAUACUUUACAGAUUGGUAAACUGAGACACGUGUUAACUGCCUUGCCCACAGAUAUACACAACGUCUGUUGGGUAGACAGGAAAAGAAUGCUGAUAUCCUAACUCCCACCUUUAUGCAUUAACCUUCAAUUCAGAUUGCCUUCUUUCCUAAUCCUUUCCCAAACCAGUUGUGAAUUGAGGCCCAAAAUUGUUUGGUUUAUGAUCUUUGGUGAAUAUGCUGGAAUUGGUAAUAGUUUCAUUACAAAGAAAUUUACAAGUUAACAGGCUUUGAUUCAGCACCUAAAGUCCAGACUAUGUUUUGUGUUUCAGCUACAGUAGCUGAAAGUAGAGUGUCAUCCAUUAAAUUUCCUUUGCUUUCGUGGUUACUCUUCACAUCCUUAUCAUAGCUAUACUGAAAUAAAACAUGUACUCUUUAAGUUGCCAUGUCCAACAAACAAUCGCUGUCGCUACCUGCCAAAGGUAUAUGCUUGAAAUUAUUUUCAGUUCACUCUUGCCAGAUAAGUUGCAUCUUCCUUAAAUGGAAGAGAUUUGAUUUCCUGCCUGUCUUUUGCAAUGGAAUAGCUCAAAAAUGAGCUGUGUAGAAUUGCUUAUUUUUGUUUAUAUUAAUAAUUGGUGUGUUGUAAUCAAAGGAAUGGAAAAUUCCUUACCAAAUUUCCUUUCUGCUAGGAGUAUCUCCCACAAUUCUGCUACACAUGGGCUGUUUCCCUCCUCUCUGGAGUUCGCAGAGGUGGUUCAAAGCUGCAGCCCAGUGUGUGCUGGCCAUCCCCCACUUCUCCUGCUUGCUGCCAAAUUAGUCGUUCCAAAACUGUAAAAUUCAUGAAAGACUAUUAAUAACAAUAACAUCAUGCCAAUUCAUUAUGUACAGUAAAUGACUGCCUACAUAGUAAUAAUCCAUAUAAAAUGCUGACCUUUGGCUGUAAAGCUAUCCACGGUGGGUAGAAUUGUGGGAGAUGAUGCUGCUAAUAGAAAGGAAAUUAUCAGGCAAGACAUUUUCCAUUGUGCCGCAUGGUGUCUCCCACAAUUCUGUCUCAAAAGUGUGCCACAGCUUCUUGGUCAGCUGCUGUGGUUUUUGAGCAGAAUGAAGGAUAACCUCCUGUCAGGUAUGAAAAGGAGGUUUCAUUUUGGGGAGAAAAGGUCCUGGCGUUCUCAGCACCACUUUGUCAUUGUGGAAUAUACAGUAAUGUCCCUGCACAGGUAAGUCUGCCAGCUCAGAAACUUGCUUAGCAGAUGCAAUGGCAACCAGAAAACUGGUUUUGAUGGAGAGAAGAAUGCUGAUAUUGAAGCCAGAGGCUCAAAAGGGUUGAGUGGUCAGGGUGUUCUGUGCUAAGGGUAGAUCCCAAUUAAGAAAGAUUGGUCUGAUGGCUGGUCUGGCCAGUCUGACUGCUGAGAAAUCUAGAAACCUGGGGGUUCGCUACCAGGGAUCCUGAGGAUCCUGUGAAUAGAAUGCUAGUAACCACUGAUACCUGGAGUGCUAUGGUGUUGGGUUAAAGACAUUAAUACACACCCUUGGAAAAAGCCCAGGAUAGCUGGAAUCCCUGGGUCUGUGUGCCCCUGGCACCAGAUACUGAAUUUGGUCCAGAUGGAGAAAUGGGCACUUAAGGUGGAGAUUCCUGGAUGAGAGCGAAGCCCCAAUCACCCUGGAAGACAGGCCAAGUGCUACUGAUGUUUUCCUUUCAAAAGCUAGGCUGUUAGAUGAAGAUGGUCUGGGUCCAGGUGGGGAAAUAGACCUCACAAAAAGAAGUCUGGUAUUGCUGGUAGCCAUGACAGUGGUUCCAGUUCUAUCAGAUCAGCAAACCAGGGUCUCCUUGGCCAGUAUAAAGCUAACACUGUCAUCUUUGCUUGUUCCCACUUUAUCUUUUGGAUCAUUUGCUCUGUGAAUGGGAAAGGGGAAUGAAUACAGCAAGCAUCUGUUCCUAAGAACUUAGGGUAUGCUUCCUUGGCAAAGUACUUCAGAUAUUUUGCAUUCGGGUGCUGGAAGACCAAACAACUGCAAGAUCAGUUUGAAGACUUUCUGGUUCAAACGCCAUUCUGAGUUGUUAACUUUGCAUUUGCUGAGCCUAUCUGCCUUUUGGUUCAGCUCCACUUUUAUGUGAAUCGCUUUUAGGGAAGGGACAGACUUUUCUGCCUUAUCUCAUUAUUUCUGCAUGUAGUGCUGGGUUCCCUGUUCUUAUAACCUACUUAUGUAUGCAACUGGAAUUAUUUUGUCUGACUGGACCGGGACAUGAUUUUCUACUAGAUGGUUCUGGCACCUUCAUAGGGGCAGUCUGAAGGCACAGAGCUCUAGGAGACUGAUCCCAUGGUCCCUUUCUCUGGUGGUUCCAGAUGUUUUGAGUGGUUCCAGGUCCCAGAUGUGCUCCCCAGCUCUACAGGCUGGCAUCAGUUGUGUGAACCAGAGGGUCUGGAAGGCAUAUGGGAAUGCGCUUGUGAGCAUUCCUUUGGACUGCCCAUCAUUUUAGGGAGUUGAGUACUUGCUUUGGGACCAGCAUGUGAUCCUUCAUGCAUUCUAGGGAGUGGUCCCAUACUUUCAGUAAUAUGUCAGACACCUUAUGUGCAGUCACACUCUUGGGAUGAUCCCUAUGCAUGUUUAUGCAACCAGGGGGCCCACUAACUGAAGACAGUUGAGCAUUUGUUGGCCUCAUGCACUUUUGCAGUAUAGAUAUGAGAUACUGGAUCUUCUGGAAUCUGUCAAAUGAUGGGUAGACUUUGCCUUCAAGGUGUCUGUGUUCACUCCCAGGUGAGUUAUCCUUGUGGAGGGAAUCAAGGAACUUUUCUUGAUGUUUAUUAUAAAGCCAUGCACUUACAGGAGAUCCAGAAUCCAAAUCAUAGCAUUGUGCUCUCCAGCCUGGGUCGCAGCUCUGAUCAGAAUGUUGUCCAGAAAUGGGUAAUGGUGAGUACUCUGCAAUCUGAGUCCGGCUAUGAUCACCACUAGCAUCUUUGUGAAGACCCUCAGGGGUAAUGAGAGACUAAAUGGCAGCAUUCGGUACUGGCAGUGAUCUGUUCCAUAAGCAGAUCUCAGUAGAUUGUGGAGCAUUGGCAUAUGGGAACACUGAGAUAUGUAUCUGCCAGGUCCACUAAGGUUAGGAGGUCCCCUUAAAUUAGGGAUGAGACUGUGGAAUCUAGGGUCUCCUUGCAAAAUUUUGUUUUCUUCCACUUGUUGAAUCUCUUGAAGCUGAUAAUGGUCUCUCUACCCCCAGUGCACUUCUGAACAAUAAAGAUGAUGAGGUAGAUCCUGGAAAACCUUUCUUCUAAGGGAGUUCCUUCUAGUGCUGCUAUGUCCAGGACAUCUCAUUCUGGACCAGUUUGUGCUUGGUGGAGUCACUGGAGCUGGGAAACUGGAUAAAAAGGGGUGGGAUGGAGCCUGUAGUUUAUGGAAGUAUUCCUGAUUCACUCUCCCUCUCAUCCAUUGGUCUAUAGUCAAUGCACUCCUGUCCUCUGAAAAGUGGGAAAUUCUGCCUCCUAGAUUCAAGUUGAGCCAGAGGCACAUUUCCUCGUCAUGCUGGGCUCUUGGGCAUUGUGAGACCAACUGUGGGUUUUCUGCUCAAUCCUGGGUUCUGAGACUUGCCCUUGAUAAAUCUGCCAUUCUUCCUCUGGUGGUACUCUGAGGAGAAUAGGCGAAAGGAGUGUCUCUGCCUAAAAGCAGGUUUGUACUCUCAGAGCACUCUGCAGAGAGGGGAGGACCUAGCUUAGAUUUAGCAGCAUUUUCUGCCACUUUGUAAUCUAGUUUUUCUCUAAAGAGGAGAGAUCCUGUGAAAUUAGAGGAAUGUAGGACUUGUUUGGAGUGAGCAUCUACUUUCUAGGGGUGGAGCCAUAGGUGUUGCAUGGCUGCUGAGCAGGAUGCUAUAGCCAGGGCUGAAAAUUGCAUCCACUGAGGCAUCAGCCAUGAGUACUGUUGCCUGGGAAGUUUUCUUAAGAAUGGAGCUGAUGCCAGGGUGAUCUCUGUCCUCCAGGUUCCUAGGGUCCUCCAGCCAGGAUAUUGUAACUCUCACAAAGCAUGUGGCUGUGAGAGCUGUGCUGGUGAAGCUUCGAAGUCCCUUUGUUAGGGUAGCUGCCACCUUCCUGUCUGUUGGGUCCUUAGGAAGAAUUCUUCCUUCUGAUGGGAUAAGCAUGUCCUUUGGUAGGGUGCUACUGUGUCAUCAACCUACAAGGGCAGCACCUGCAUUUUGCCUUCUCUCCAAGGGCUUUGACCAGUAUAUUGCCUGUAGUUAUAAGUUACCAUACAGCUCCUUCUAAGCAGGCAUAUUUAUUCUCAAGGUCAAAGUAUUACAGAAAAAAACAUUAAAACAAUUUUUAAAAAACUACACACCAACAAAAAUGUCUACCAGAGGGUACCCCCCAACUCCAACCUCGGGCUCUGGUAGGUUUUAGUCCUUCAAAACCCACAAUUCAUUUUUUUCUCUGGUUACAAGUUCAUCCAUCUUAGAUCCAGAACACAAAGCUGGCCAGAUCUAAGGCCUUUCUGCGGACAAUGACCCUUUCCUCACAGCAUAGCUUCCAAAGGCAAGGUUUUUGCAUAAUUGGAGAUCAUUUGCAUUAACCUCUCCCUAGGGAUUUUCCAGGAAAUCCACUUAACACCUAUUGUCCCAAAAGUUCAUAUUUGUUUGGAGCAUUUUGAAUAUAGUCUUUUGAAUUCCCAGGUUUCACCUCUGUCACAUCUUUCCCUAGAGGGAUUACAUACAAUCCUGGCCCACAAUAAUAUGGAAACUUCAUACAAUAAGGUCUUCUGAGGAUAUUGCAGGAAACUGCUGUAUCUGUCACAGUUCUGACCACUGCAUUACUCAAAACCCAGGCAAGGAGGCUUGAAUUAAAAAUAACACUCACUCCUGGCUGAAAACAGCUAAAAAUAACAAAUAUAAAAGAAAAGGAUGGGAGCAAAGUGAGCUGCCACUUUGCUGCUGUGGAGGCAGAAAAUCGGGUGGCAAGUGGGAGAGGGGGCAUGGCCAGUUUUGAACAACCUGCAGGAACUGCAGUGCAGAACGGUCCACGUGUAGCAUAUCUGUGGGAGGUGCUGGGCUGCAGAAACUUGUUCAACAGGAGCUAGUAGAAAGUUGGAAUUUUAGUGAAGCUUAGCGUUCGUAAUCAUGGGCCACUUGGAUUCAGCAUCUUAUGGAAAUUGGAUCACAGACGGCAAUAGUUACCAAGUAUUUAAUUUUCAAGAAUACGGUUUAGGGAAAUCUGGUGGAACAUGCAGCGGGCAAAAGUAUUAAAAUGCAUAAAUGUGGUCGAGAUCUGGAGAAUUUUAAGACACCAUGUUCAAGCCACAAGAGCCUGCAUUUCCUCUGAACUUUAAA